ACUGUGAGCGAGCGUGAGCGCAGCGAGACUGAUGUGAACAGUAGUAGAAGAAGAAGCUGGAGGUGUGAGAUCCCCCUCAAACCCACCUCCCUGGUUUGGUGGUUUCACUCGCUGAAGGAGACGACAUGGUUGGAUGCGGUUUUCAGUUAGAUCUUUUACACCCUCUAUACUCUUCUCAUACAAGCUACUCUCAAGUCUCCAUCCUUGGUAAGUAUGGGAUUACAUUUUUUUUUUGUUAUUUAAAGACAGAAAUACAAUUUUGAGCUACUUCAAACUUGAAAGACAAAAAAUCUACUAUUUCAUUUUUUUCUGUCUGAUUAAUUCCCUUUCUGCCACCUUAGUCCCAAUAUUAGUUCCUUCUUAUCACCUGGCUUGCUUACUAUUCACAGGGCUUAAAAUACUCGAUCGGGAUUGGUCAAAACCUCUUAAUAAUAGCUGUUGAUUCUGUGUUGAUAAUGAAAAUUUUAAUAAUAUCAGUGGACAACAACAAGGAUAUUUUAAUGCUACUUUCAACUUACUUGGAGUUUAGGGUUUGAAUAAUUUGCAAAAAACAACUAUUUCUAUUUCAUUUACAUUUUAUGUAUUUUACUUCUUAUAAAUUAGAGAUGUUUGUGAUGGCUAAAAUACAAACAGGACUUCCUUACAGACCCACUGGGGUGAAAAUCAUGUUUUUCUUGUUGUCUAUAUGUUCAUAUGACAUUUUUCUGAUGCUACAGGACAUAGCAUGAGAAAACUAAGUGCGAAAUUGCAUUUCUGUGUAUUUCUACAUUCAUAUCGCUGUUAAUGUCUGACAGACCCAAACGGCAGGUUCAGAAACAGUGAGAUUUCCUAUGUACCAAGACUCUGAGAGAUAGAGAGGACAAUCACGAAACAAGCGUGCGUGUUAGCGGAUUGCAAUGUACGUAAGAAAGCUAACUAUGAGAUUAGUUUUCAUCAUGCCCCUAAAGACAUCAGAAUCUGAAAGCUGAAUAUCUCCUAUGUUACUUGUUACCUCUACUACACCAGCAAUGUAAGUCUACGAGCUAGUGUAUAUAGACGAGUGUGCAGAGCAGCGCUGUCUCUGCCCAUGACUAAGAGGCAAAUUGCUAAUGAGCUACUGGAGCUCUGCAGGAGAAAAGCCCUUGAAAACGACACAGCUAACGCAAUUUUGGCCCAAAACUUCAUAAUCACAUUUUAAAGACCACUGAGAACACUUGAAGCAGUAAUAAAAUGAUCGGAGUGGAGCUUUAAAGAGCCUGUGGGGAACUUUUGAUUUGUAUCUACUUUGGCGCCCCCUCUGGACAAAGCAGAUUUUGCUUGUCAUUUCCUUCACGCGCUAAGGUAGUGUAUUACGACAAAAUAUCUCAUCCUGCUGACUUUGACAUUAAAAUUUGUCAUUAAUUGUUAUUAUUUUAUGCAGAAAAUAUAAAUUGUCUGACACCUACCCUCGUGCACUGGUCUCAGGCAUUAAAAAUCACAUUACAUAAAUCAUGUCAAUAAUGAUCUGUUUUGCUUUUGGAUAGCAUAAAACGGCAUAAAUAUGAAAUUCAGUCUAUUUCAAAGAUGUCAAAACACUUACAGAAAGUGAGUUUCUGCCCUUGAAUCUUCACAGGUCUGAUCUUUGCUUAUUUCACUACAUUCUCUUCUCCAGUCCGCACCUCUGCAGGUGAGAUCCAAACACUUCUUUUCUCUCAGAUUACUUUUAUAUCAGUGAUUUCAGGUGAUUAAACUUGACAAGAAACUUUAAUUUCCUGCCUAAAUAAAAGGGGUUUUUGGUCUUUUUACUGUGACAUAAAGCAGAAUUCUUGGUUAUUGUAAUCUAGUUUCACACCUUUUUCUUCCAGUGAAAUGUAAGUCAAAAGACAUUUCUUCCAAGUAUGCGUACUGUGAGAUACAGUCAGGUAAGACAGCAAUGUCUGAAUCAUCAGCAAAGUGAGAUAUGAAAGCAGAAAGUGUGUGUUUCCUCACCGCUGUAUCUGCUGUGUGUGCUGCCUCUGUCCUUCAGGUGGAGUUCAUGGUUUAGACUGUUUUGGUAAACAUGGUUUGACUUAUAAAACCUGCGAGUGGAAACCUGGAAACAGGUCAUCCAAAAGCACAUACACACUCGUCAUACAGCAGUAAGUCCCACAGGAAAUAACUCACACAUUCUAACACACAUUUUACGUCUCUACAAGGUGAAAAUCGUGUUUUUUUUCAACUGUUUCUUCUUCUAGACAGAAAAGAUUGUGCAACGCCUUCGUCAAUAUCACAGAGUUUUCUAUGACAAUCACAUUAUUUAUGAAAUACAACAUGACCGCUGAAGUUUUUGAAAACAUCCAUUCAAAGACAAACUGCACAAAAUCAGUUUUCAGCGCUUCACCCUCAAGUAUAUGUAAGUAAAAAACAAGUUUAUUAGUCUCAUUUUGAUGCUUUAGCAGCUCUGGAAGAUCUGAAAACAGGAUUUAUUUAAUAUAUUUCAGGGAGAUGUGGUCCUCCAAGUGACGUGUCCUUCAGACGUCUCUCUGGGAAACUUGUUGUGGACGUGAGAUGGGAGCAGGUGGACGGAUCGGUUGUGGAGAAUUACUUAGUGAAAUAUAAAGCACUGAGCGGCAUGUUGGGGAGUGAGGUCAGUAGAAAAGGGGGGUUAGGAUAAAAUGUUAAUAAUGUGUGUUUAAUUUCAAAUGAUUUUAAAUAUCUGUAAGAGCAUGAUAAAAGGUGUUUUUAAGGUAGUAUACCCAAAUGAAGAGAAAUUAAAUGACUUCUAUGGGGGAAAAAAUGCACAAAAUGAAUGAGAGAACUAUAAGAAGAAAAUCAUGAAGCUAAACUAUGACUCUAUGACAGCAUAAGGUAAAACUAUACUGUAAAAACACUUGAUAUGUUCACAUGGAUGACAUGUUUGAGAAAAUAUUGUGUAAUUUUUUUUCUUUUACAUCAUUAUGACAAGAUUUUUAUUGUUAUAAGUUGAGAACCACCUUUUAAGAGUAAUAACUAUGAGAUGUAUCGAUGUACUUUCUAAUAUUAUUAAAAUAUCAUGAGAUAAUAUAAAAGACAUUUUCAUUACAAUAAAGUUAUGAAUUAUAAAAGAAGAGUUUAUGGGUAAAAUUUAAAUACUAUAUUUUUACGAUAUUUCAAAAAAAAUUCUCAUUAUAGACUUUUCUUUAUGAUGGGAAUGUUUUGUGAUGACAUGAUUCAAUUCAAAUCAAACUUCUAAUAUUAAAAAACAAAAUAAUAUAAAAAUACCAUGCUAUGACAUGAAAAACAUGUAAAUAUUGAUAAAGGUUUAAGUUGAAAAAGGUUAGUUAAAUAUUGUCAAGACGAAAAGGAUUAACUGGUGAAAAAAAAGUUAUAACGUUACACCAAAAAGUUCUUCUUAUGCUACAAACCAGAUAUACUAAUAGUUUUAAACUUUACAUCUUAAGAGAUAUUUUGUCUUCUUGCAUAUCUUGCAUUUUUUAAUUUAUGAUAUGAUCUGAUUUUGUAGUAAAACACAAAAAUUCCGGAUUCAGUACUCUAUCUCGCCAUGCAUGAGCACAUCAGGUCACAAAAUCUAUAUCUGCAAAAGACAAACCACUUCAGCACAAAAGUUUAAAUUUGCUGUUUAAGUGAUUUUCAUUUUAUAACAUUUAAUUUCUCAUUUGACAGCUGCGGGCUUCCAUAGAAUCAACAUCUGAAACUAACCUUUCCCAUGUUUUACUUCACAGUCACUGGUGCAGUGUCAAAAAGGAGCAAAAUGCACCGUGGCUAAUGUGACCUCCUCAUUAAACUACAGUGUUCAGGUGCAGUGUGUCACCAGCAGUCAAUGUUCACAGUGUGUACGGAGUGACGUCUACACUGUCCCUCCAGGUCAGUUUCUGCUGUAUUUUAUUAGUUUUAACUCAAUUAUUUAUAACAUCCUUAAAAAUCCAACAAACAAACUAAUGUUUCCAUCAGAGCUGACGACACAACCUGUCAUCGUAAAACUUGAAAACACUGAUGCUGUUGGCAGAAAAGGACAGCGGCAGCUUACUUUAGCGUGGACCGUAAGAUCUCUUUUUAAAUGUACAUUUUAUCCUGAUUGUUUUGAGUUUUAAACUAAAAUCACCCUGUCGGUUAGUUUCCCGCCACAGAGCUGUACGAUGGCUUCCAUGUGACCAUUUGGAAAGCAUCAGGAGAGGAACCACGUGAGCGGAUCACCACGACUCGACCUGAGAUCAGACUGACUUUCUCCUAUUCUGCUUACGAUGUUAGUAUAAGUGCUUUUAACAACGCCAGCAGCUCUCCAGCUGUGAGCAGGACAAUACCAACGCAAGAAGACAAGACCAGUGAGUAUUCACAGAGGAAAUCUCAUCUUAUGUUGAGAGCUGAGAAGUACAAACAAACUUUAAGAAAUGAGUGAGUUUGACAAGAGCAUAAGAGGACACCUUUACUAAGCAGAGCUUACAGACGAAGACUGAAAUUUAACAGGACAGAAGAAGGAACUGGAUCUAAAAGAGAUCCCGAGUUAUGAUGUUGCAAGUGUGCAAACUGUGAUCCUAUAACUAUGAACCCAGAGGACUACUGCUGUCUCAAGUGGUUCUGGGUUGCAAGAGUACUUCAAGACCUUCCAAAGUCAGAUACAAGAUACAAGAGGAUCACACACAGCUGCAGUCUACAUCACUCACCAACAGGAACUCCAACACUGAAGAGCAACUUUCUUCCAUUUUUAGAAGUCAGAUUAGAGGUUCAGUUAAAAAAACAGGCUAAAUAGUCAUGUCACUUCAUAAAAAAGAAGAACUAUCACUUUAAAAUAAACGCUCUCUUGCAGGUUUAGGCGAUAAGAAUGUGAAUGUGACGGUCCAAAACGCAACCUCUUUUACGGUCUACUGGAAGGACAAUCUCAUCGAGAAGUUCGUCUGCUUUUCUGUGGAGUGGAAGCAGGAAGGACAUGAAGUAGCGCACAUGUCCUUCUAUGAGGAUGAAAAUACCUACAGGACCUUAUCACCUUUACCAGGUGAGACAAAUAUUCACAUUAUUAACUGAUAUCCUGUUUGGAAGCAACUUUGCAAAAGAUCGUGAUUUGAAUCCUGAGUCUAAGCCUGCAAAAGCACUUCAUGUUCCCUGAACUCCAGAGUGUGGUUAAUCACCUCCCAUGCAAUAAUUAUACUCAAUUUGGAGCAAUUAAAACAUUUAUUCUUGUGCAUAAUGACAGUCAUACAUGUUUCUUAAUUAUAGUUAUUGUAGAGCACCUGUUCAGCGGCUAAUUACACACUACCUUAGAGCCUGUGUGUGUUGUAUCAGCCGGAGCACUUCUAAUUUAGAAAGUACUUCUGCGCUGUUAAGGUUAGAGAAAACCAUAACCAAGUGCUUCCAGUCUCUGAAAUCGAUCAUAAAUGUCAUAAACCGGGUGUUAGCGUUAAAGAAAGUUCAUCAAAUGUGAGAUUCGUUUUGGUUGUGAUGAAAUACUUUCUUUUUGCAGUGCCUUUGGAGCCUUUUAAGAGAUACAGACUCACUCUGCACACAAGACCAAACAAAGACGUCUGCAACCUGAAGCACGUCAACAACAGUGAGAGCACCUACGGGAGCACACAGUUCUUCUCCAGGGAGGGAUGUAAGUCCAGCCUGCGCCUCUACAGCAUAUCUGUGAUUCAUUGCAAUCACAAGGUUGCAGCUUGACUAAAAUGAAACUACUUGACAGAUAACAAAGGUCAUAAGGUCAAAGCUGCUCUGGUGACGGUGGUAAUCAGUGAGUCACAAUUUCUACAUCAAACAGCCAUCCAAACUUUCCAACAGAGACAUUUAUCUCCAAUUCUGGUGCAUCUACUAAGUUUCGUUGCAAUCCAUUAAAAUGGAGAUGUUUGACUGGAUAGCUGGAUAAAACAAUCUGCAGGUGGCACCAAAAUCUGUAGGAUUCAUCAACCGGGGAUCAUGAAUGUCAGCGCAAAGUUUCAUUAUAAUCUGUGCAGUGGUUGUAGACACGUUAGGAAUAUCAGCGUGCUGGUGGUACAGCAGAAAAAGAGUUAUCAUCAGUAUAUGGAUGAAUCCUCUGGGGAAGAGGACAUCAAAACUGAAAACUUAUAGUAAUAUAUAGCUCUCAAUUCAGUUGGUAGUUAUGGAUGUAAUUUUAUUUUAUUUUAAUAUAUACACAAAAUGUUGGGCAAAUUUCCACAUUCAGUUCUCUAAUUUGGAUGUACCCUCUUGGAAACCUUGGUGUCUACCCACAGAUACAUAGAAGACUAGAUCAGCAGUGCUCUGAAGCAGUCUGCUAAGCCAUCUUAGUGGGGGCAAUGUUCCCAUUAAAGGCAUUAAAUGUACAUUGAAAAUAAAAUCAUAUCUUGCUCAUAACGCCUUGUUCACAUACAACGGGUGUCUGUAAAUCCACAGAUCUGUAGAUAAAUGAAUGAAACCAAACAUAGAUGGAGAGCAACCUUUGUAGCAAUGGGAAGAGAUUAAUUCUGUUAAAUAACGAGUGAAUCUGUCAGGUUAAGAGAAGCAAAAAUGAGGCCUCCUAUGAAAACAUUUUUUGGGUCCAGAAUCUGGAAUUUAGCAAUCCAUCCAACCCUUCGAUCUUAGAGUCUAACUUUGUUUUUCAUUGAACCCUUAAGCUCCUGUCAGCGCCCCGACAAACAUCAGCACCAUCAACGUGACCCUUGAUUCAGUGGUGCUUCAGUGGUCGCCCAUUCCGGAGGAGGACACCAGAGGAUUCCUGUUGGGUUACAUAAUCCGCUACGCCAAAUACCGCCAUACAGGGACAAGAACAGAAGAGAGUAAGACACUAGACACUCUGUCAUCAAGAGUCUGGCAAAAAAGUCAGGAGCCAUUGGUAGCAUCUACAUUAGUGUCUAAGUAAACCAUCUGGACAAAUUUGGGAAAUAUAAAGGCUAAUUUUCAGAGCACGUGUGUCAAAGCCGCAUAACUGAAUACUAUAAAACCCUCUUUGGUUGCAGGUAUCACAGUAGAUCCGAUGCUGGACACGUGUGAGUUGAAGAAUCUUGAAAGCGGUACUGCUUACAAGGUCCAGAUAGCAGGUGUCACCAAGGCAGGUGUCGGAGUCCUUAGCCCGGAAAUCCUCUUUAAAACAAACAGUCAAGGUAACAACUUUUUAAAAGUACUGAAUCGGUCUGUCAUGAACUUAAAUGUCUGACACUUCUAUCAAAUUUCACCAUUUUUGUCUGUCUCUCACAGAAAAUCCAAAUCUCAGCAGCUUCAUCAUCGUGUUUGCAGCUUUGAUCACUGUGCUCAUAUUUGGAUCCCACAUAAUAAAAAAGUAUGUCCUACAAAUAUCGCAAUAAAGGUGGAGAAAGGUGGUUUAAUGAUCCCUCCACUUUACAUUAAUUUAUCUCUGAACUGCCUACUUUCUCUAGAGCCAAACUCCUUUUGUGGCCAAGCAUACCUAACCCUGGGAAAAGCAACACGAUGCAGAAGAUUGAAGGACCUCAUGAACUGGUGAGUCUUUGCUUCUGCUCUACAUAACAGAAAGAAAUCAAGGUUGGCUGAAGCUUUUACUGACUUGCUUGGAACCUACUACACCUGGUGUUGUUUUUACUUUCCAAAGGAACUACUGGAGUCCAUUUACACUCUGAAAGUAGAAGAUGGGGAAACAAACAGUUUCCAGCUGGUUGAGAAUGAAGAGCAGAGCCCCGUUCCCUCAAUGCUACCACUUCUACAUGGCAUGGAAGAUGAUGAAGACCAACCAGAAAUGACUAGUGGUUGGAUCGACAGUGCUGCAGAGGACACAGCUGGAGACACUCUCCCAAGAACAGCCUCAGACAUCCCAAGGACAGUCCUGCAGGGUCCAGCCUUCGUCUUUCCAACUGGAUAUACGACCAUUGAGAUGUUUCAGCAGGGGAUGCCUGGAGGAGUGCAGGCAAAUAUAUCACUUACCCAAGACGCCUUGGACAGUGAUCCAGAGGUCACAGACUUGACCACAAUGGCAUCAAGAUUGGACUAUGUGAGGCAGUUUAGCCCAGACUGGCAGUUCAGUCCAGUCUUGGAAGACGACGGUGUCACUGUUUUAUAAAACUGUUCCGAACAGGACUUGGGAGCAAAUCAAGCCGGUUAGCCGAGCAGCCGUCACCUAACUUGUGUGAAUCCAGUAUAUAUUAAUAACUGUUUAAAAAUAUUGAGUGAGCACAAAAGUUACUUCCCUCCUGUUUUUGGCGAGGGUGCACAUGAACAGAGUGGAAUGAAGAUUCAGGUGGUUCCAAUCUAAAGAGCUUGUUUCACAUGUCCAAAACCUCAGAUGCAAGCAGGAAGAUAUCUGCAGAUGAGGUCUGAUUUCUUCCUUCCUGGUGAAGAGUCUCGUGGAGGAGUUAGAGGAUGUUAAACUUCACAUCUGUCUGCAACAGACAAAAGGAGCUGAAGAGAGACAGUGAUGCAUGCCUCAUGUUUUUCUAUUAAUCUUGACCUGAAGACUAUGAAGCGACAGCGCCAUGUUCCUGUGAGCUCAAUGGUGCCCAUAGAAGAACACAAAAGUAAAAAUGAACCAUUUUGGGCAAUAUGGAGUUCGUUUUUUGUUGCUAUGGAAACAAGACCAGUUUCCAAUGCCAUCCAUGGACUCUGCAGUAGCUGGAGAGUAUGUUCUGGAGAUUGUGGAUGGAGUGAAUGAAUGCAAUAAAGUCGAUCUCUGCAAGACCUGAGACCAGAAAAGUCUGGUCACUUUGUAAACCAAUCAUAAAUGCUUCUCUUUGACUACAAACUACAAAUGUCACACUCUCCUUAUUGUAGUGGUCUUCAAAUCUGGUCCCGCUGAAAAUGUAGCUAUGUCGAGAAUCAACAGAACUAUUAACCAAAUGAGUUCUCCAUCGCCUCUUCUUCUGCGUGGCAUGGAUUACCUGAACUCGACUCAGCUUUCUUGAAACCACAACGCCAGCACCCCCAACCUAUAAAUAUUUGCAAGAUGUAACAUCCUGCAUGAACCCCCAGUUCUUUUUUUGGGGCCUUGGCUCCUUCAUCACCUCCUUGACUGUCCUGUUGUGGUUUUUCUGCACGCACCUGGUAUCCGGCACUAGUUUGGUAUAAUCUUGCUGUCGAAUCCUGGCAAGCCACGCUGAUACUCAUUGUCACUUACAGGAAAGGUCACAUCACAUGAAGACCCAUUUUUAAAUUUUUUUUUUUUUAAUUUGCCAAUCCUCAAGGGUGGAGUUGUACACCACAGAUUAGAGAUGUGAUGGCUAUCAAAAUCUCAUGAAUCAGCAUCAGUUUCACGCUACGGUAACUAUGACGGUAAACUUGUAAUUAAGACAAAUAUGCACUCUUAAAAGUGUUAUUCUAGUAUGUUUGAAUCCUUCAAUUACACAGAAUGCCCAAAGGUCUUCGACAGGAUAUUACACAGUAUAACUAUCAAGCUCUUGCACCGUUACGAGGAGGAAAGACUGUAAAUGCGUCCUUUAGAGUUUUUUUUUUUGCCUGGCUGCCUCUUUUCCACAAAACUUUUUCAGGUGACAUUUUGCCAUAUUCUCUGUUGAAUAGUUUACCACAGUGUGAUGAUAUCUGGUUAUUGUCUUUUAACUUCUUUCAGAUUACUUGUCACAGGAAAACAGCAGGUUUAAAAGCCACUAGAGCAACUACAAUCUUGGUAAAACUCAUAAACCUGUGACGGUACAAGACUGUAUCGACACUUCUGUCCCCGUAAUAUUGUAAAAAUGACACCACUGUUACGCCCCUAAUAUAGUCCCCACUACCAUAAAUUCCAAUGUGUCUCAUGGGUAGCAGACACUACCAUAGAGUGUAUUGUAUCAUAUUAUAAAUGUGCCUUAAAUACACAAGUUGGUAGAUCACCCUCUAAAUAAACAAGAGGAAGCUUUUCCCCUUAGUUCGCUUUUACAAUAGUCCUUUUUACAUCACCUGUUCAAAGCAGGACAUUUACGCCUUGGUUAACCUCCAACCUUCAGUCAAAUAUCGUAAAGCGGUGAAAUAUUGUGGCUUUGCACAUUAUUUUCAUCCCUUAUUUGGCUCCGAUGCAACUUGAUGACACCAGACCACUUCACUUUUGUUUACGGAUUUGUACCUUUUCCAUCACCUUGAAUGAAACACUAUGGUUUAGUUGCUGCAUCUGAAACAUUUGGAAUCGCAGAAGUUGCAGACCAACAUACCAGUGAAAAUACAGCUAGCAUGUGGGUCUAGCAGCCCUGAUUCUGUCAUCACAAACCAAUGGAUUGAAGUCUACGUACUGUAUACGACAAGAAAGGCUCAGGCUCAGUGCAACAUCGGUAAAUGUAAAGUCUCUUUAUUAUUUCUGGAACCAGAUCAGCCGAACUGACAGAUUCAAGGAGGAUCACAUACAUACAUCCAAACUCUUCAGAAACAUCAUGACCAAACCUUCACGACCAAUCAAAAGGCAGAGAUCGAGUGUCCAAUCCCCGAAGAGCACAACCGUAAACAUUUCCACCGUCUACAUCUUUACAAAGCAGAUACAUGGAUAUAAAAAAUAAAUUCUUCACAUACUGUUUGGUUGUGUUGGUAAUUUUCUUUAAACUUUUAUCACGAGUUCACCACUUCAAACUGAAGCUUUAUUAACAUAAAAAAGCAAGGAAAAAAGCAACAAAAUUAGUUUCGUAAAAGCCGUAGAGAUGGAAUUUGGCGAAGACAGUAGUAAAGUUUUAGUCUUUUUUUUUGUUUUUUUUUUAAGUAAAGCUUUAAAAUACAACAAGCUGAAGAAUGAUGUGGGGCGAGUUUGCACACAUAUUUGAACACAAUCACAAUACUGCAAACUGCAACACCAAAAGAAUGACAGAAAUUAACCAUUAAAAAGUCCCAUCAAUGUUUAAGUCUACUCUGCUAUCACUGCUAAAGACAGCUGACAACACUUUGAUAUAACAUCUCAUUAACUAUUGAACAAAAAAGACAAUAAAUCCAAGCUGCAUCUAUCAAUAAGUCUCCAUAAUUUCACUCUUUAUAUUCUGUACAAUCUUAGUCUAGGCACUUUUUGCAGUUGCUUGACCUUUGACACCUUGUUGAGCCUCGUCUAGACUGCAACUACGAGAUUUUAAAUUGCAUCUUAACCAUUUUCUCUCUGGAUUUAACAGACAUUUUGCACACAUUUCUCUCUUUUUUAUUUUUACAGUUAUAGGCCAUAAAAUAGUUUCACUUUAUUCAACAUCAAUGACAUGAAAAAAACGAUCCGAUUGUAACGAAUCAGAAAUAAAAUGUAGAUCCAUGAAAUAAAAACGUGAAGCUGAGCCGUGUUUUCUUCUUGACCUAAUAAAAGAUGCAUUUUUGUAAUAAAAUAAACAAGCAGCAGGUUCAGAGAAACACUUAAAUAUCUGCUGGACACCUCUUUGAAUCAGAGGUGUAAGUUUCAUGGUGAAAGAUUGAAGAGUAGAGGAUAAAACCGUCGCCACACAAAGAGCAAACUAGCCUUUAGCAUCAGCAGAAAACCUUUACGUGUUCACAUUUUUCACAUUAACUAAUAAACCUCUUUGAAUUAGCGUGACUUUGCCGCACCAGUUCAAGAGCAGCAGCAGAAGAAGAAGGAGAGGAAAGGCGUUUUUCUUUAACACCCCAUCGGACCUCAGUCACCGGAAAACAGAUCUGUAUUUUCACUUCAUUAAGUGUGAAAAACAACAAGGAACAUUUCAGCACCUUAGGUCAGCAUCUGCUGCACACUGAGUACUUUAAUCCAAUAUUUAGUUUAUUUAUGAACAAAAUAAAGACGAUUCAAGGGUGAAUAAACCAGUUGUUUGAUGCUCGUCAGGCUGAUACUUCUGUAUAACUUCAGAGAGUGUAACAGGAAACUGACGACGAGGUUGGGGGCUUUUAAGGAAUUACAUAACUAGCUUUAAAUAGGGACAGGGUCGGGGUGCAAAGCUUUACACGCACAAUGCAGAUAAGCUUCCUUUCUUUGUCUCUGUUCACACAAUGAUCAUUUUAAAAGCCAGUUCUAUAACCAUUUUAGACAUGUUGUAUCCGUGUGCCAAUCUUAGACAACUUUAUGUCCAGAUCUCUGAAUUACAAAAGUGAUGCACUCACUUUUAUGAACGUUUGCAUUUUUGGUAUUUUGACAUAAUCAGCAUCAUAUAGAUGGUGAUAUUGGCCCCUAUAAACACCAAUAUUACCAUCACUUUUUUCAAUUUUAAGAUGUUUAUUCUCAUCACUCAUAAACAGUUUAAAUUCAAAUUAUAUGUAUAGAUUAAUAGAUAAACCAUUUUCUGAAAUCCUUCUCUCUCCAGUGACUCUCUAAAAAGUUACAAAUCUGUAACUUUCUUUUUUAUUUGCUCACAUGAUGCAGUAACUCUCACAUACUGCCAAUAAUUUCUGCAAAAAUAGUUUGGAGGUUGAUGUCUCUGGUGGGUCUUUGUUGCACAUUUAAAUCUGGUGAAAUCAGAGUAAGCAGAAAUAAAUAUGUAUUUCAAAUCCUGUCUUGAAAUGCAGCAGGAAGAAAUGCAAACCGUUCAUCCUCUUGGAAUAUUUACUCUAUCCUGCAGGACUGAAAUGAGUAUUUUCUCCUUUAAAUCUGUUCAAACUGGUACAGUUCAGAGUCCAGUGACCACAAUCUUCAACCACAAUUGAUCGGGACUGUAACGACCUGUUCAGCAUACAUUUAACCCUUCUCAUUGCACAGCGACUUCAGUCUAAAUAACUAUUUUGGACAUGAUUCAGUUCACAGUUGUUGAUGGCAGAAAAACAGUUCAAGCUGCAUCUGUGUUUACAGUAAACUCUGAAGCCUCCUUACCGUGAGCUAACUCUGCUGUGAUCACUUACAUUUGUCUGAGAAUUUCCACUGAAGCUGAGGUUAAAUAAGUUGAAGAGGAUCGUGUGAAUCAGCACAGCGUCUGAAUAUACUUUUCACACCUCCUCACUCAGACAUGUUUGUUUUACGUGUCCUUUACCGCCUCUUUCUUUCUUGUCUUUGGUAUGACUUCAGGUGUUUGUGGUUAGAGCCGUCUCCAUAGCAACAGUCCGUUCUUUGUAGUGCUAUCAAGAAAUAAAAGACUGUUGCUUUGGAGACUCAGCAGUGCCAAAAAGAUCAAAUAAAAGCAAUCCAAUAUGGCCGCCUUGUGUUAAACCUGGUGUUUGGGGAGCUUUAACGAUCAAACUGUUGUUGAGGCGUAAACUUGGUUUCUUCUGAACCGUUAAAAGGAUCCGUGUGCGGUUGUAAAAAUCAACAGGUGAUGAUGAUGAUGACGAUGAUGGAAAACUCGCUGAUUAUCCAGUGUUCAUGUUUAGUUCAGAUCGUUUGUUAAAUUAGUUGCCUUGGUGCUGCCGUCAUAUCACAGUCACUCUGUCUCUAUGCAUGUUCCUCCUGAUGAGUCUUGUAGCUGCCGUUGUGCUGGGCGCAGGGUGAUGACAUCAUGUCCUCGCCGAGUCCCACCGAGUCUUCUCUGUCGCUCUCAAAGUCGUCCUUUUCCUCUCGCUCGUAGUCCCUUUGCACCUGAAAUUCAAGGGCAAGAAUAAAACCCAGCCGGCAGAUGUUUGGUGGGAAUAUGAGAGCUCAGAUGAUGACGUUUGAGGGAGUUUGUAUUUAAGUCUUUCCUUAUCACGCAACGCAUGACAGGAUGCCCACCCCCGCUGAGUGACCAUCGGAUGGGCACGACAUUUUGCAAUGCUUUAUGGGAAUCUUUGAGUCCCCUAUAUAGGGCACUGGAAUUGAUCACUGAGGUUUCAGACACCCCUCAAAAUGGCGUUAACCCCCAUAUAGUCGCCUAUAUAAGGGUUAGGGAUCCAUUUUCGACACAACAGGACCCCUGAGCAGUCUACAAGACUGCCUGACUGCAAUGUCUAAACUAGCAGUGCAUUCAUGUCAGGCAGCUCGAGCCCAGAGUACGCGCUAGCAACAAUAAACCAAUCAAUACACAAAUGCUUAAUGCGCCUUACAAUCUGUUGCACCUUAUGUGUGAACAUAAAUAUGUUAAUUCACAGUGGGCUGUAUAAUCCGGUGCGCCUGAUCGCCAAAAAAUACGGUAAAUACAUCACCCUACAUUAAAUCUAAAUGAAACGACAAAAUCAAGUUUGCCACUCAUACAUAAAAAAUAAUCAAGACCUGCCUUGAGAGUGUUUUCCAAACACAGUACCUAAGUAGACCAUAUAUUCAUCCAGGUAUAAUCCAGGAUUACCUACAACAAGGUCAGUUUUUGAUAUCCAUAAUUGGUAAAUAAAGAAAGUCCCAGAUAACAGCCCUCACCAAUAAGACUGCCAAAAUCUGAGUGUAUCCAAACAUUUGCAUGUCGUGUUCAAUAAUCACAAACUUUACUCAAAUCUCCAAACUCUAGAUGAUGCUGACGAGCGCGCUGUGGUUUCUAAUCAAACUUUGCAUGUCUGGUUCUACGCUCUGCAGAAUUUCUGCUAAUUUCACCUUCCUAAUUUUGGCUUCUUCCUCUUCGUCUGACUUGUGAUCUAAAAUAAAGUCAAGUGCAUGAAAGUUCAGGUGAUUUACUCAAAAAAAAAUUAUUCUGUAGUUUUUUUUCAUGCAGAUUGAAUCAGGAGCGAAAGAUCUGCAGAAAUUCUGUGUGCUGAAGUUUAAUUAGAACUGCAGCGAGCAGGUAGAGGUGAGAGAUAAUAAACCACCUCAGAGUUUAACUGGAAACUUAUCGUCAGGACACUCUGGUUAAAGUGACGAUAGCACUAAAAAAAAACAACACGUACGGACUUUUCAGUACUUCCCCCCUGACUGUAGAGAUGAGACACAGGCUAUAAAAGCGAGCUCUUAUCGCUUCAGAUCGGCGUGAUCUGAUUUUCAGGACAGCGCCCUGCAGCGUCUCCGUCAGCGUUUCACACCUGUGAGGUGGUUUCUACCGCGUUUGCUGAACAAACGUUCUGAUUGUUAUCAACAAAGGAAAGAUCGAUCGCGGUAAAACUUGAAAACGUGUCGCUUUUGGUCUCACGGCCAUCGCCAGACUUUCAGCUCUUCUGUUAUCUACGGGAAGUAAACAAAGAUGGCUUAGUUUGGUUUAUGAGAUGAAAAGACUUUUAUGAAAGAGACAGAGUCAGCAUGUCUGAGUGCAGGUCCUCCUCAGCCCUCAAACCUUGCAAUCCUAAACUAAAAGAAGAAUCGCAGACAGAUACAGUAGAAGAAGGAUAUCUAUGAGUUUUUGUCAACUGAUACGUCAGCCCUCCAGAACCUCUGAAUGUGGAGUGGGAGUGGGCGGUUAAAUCCUACAGCACAGAGUUUGAACUGAAGCUGACUUUGAGAUAACAGGGCCAAUUUCAGGCUCGAUUCCCCAAAGGCACGAUUUUCUGACGGUUCAAAGAUUUUCUUGUCAGAUUCCUCGAUCUGUGUGAGGUGUGAGGAGGGAUUUUACUUCCCCUGGUCUGCUCAGAGACAUUCAGAGCCUUAAAGAAGAUCGAAAUGUGUGAUCAGAAAACCCAGAAGACCCAGAAGUUUCUCUGAUUUUUACAGCUUUCUAAACCUUUUCCACUUUCAAGUGCACUUCUACCGAACACAGAGAGAAAGCAAGGCCAGUAAUAAUGUCUCCUUGUCUCCUUUAAUAACUGAAAAAAGGAAGGAAGGAAGGAAGGGAGGGAGGGAGGAGAGCUCCCUCUGCUCUUCGUCUUCUCGGCGCUGACAGACCUCAUUUCUUUGCCUCAGCAGUUUUCAAGUGCGACAAACCUCGCCUCUCUAAAUUCCCGGGGGUGUGACAGCUUUAUCUGACGGUGAGAUUCAGCAGCGAGCGUCAGCGCGGCGGGGUGUAAUUCCACUGAGCGAGUGGCAGCUUUAUUACCUUCAUCGGCCUGGCCUUGCUCUUCGUCCUGUCUUCGUCCUUGCGGCUCUUCUUUCUGGACGUGGAGCGCUCUUUUCUGUCUCUGCUGCGCUCCCUCUUCUUGUCCUUCUUACCUCUGAAAGAUGCGACACAAACAAAAAAACCACUAAGUUUCAGCUCAGCCAGUCCUCAUUAGCCUGGGUUGUUCUGCAGACUCUGUGAUCCCCGACAAACUUGAAAAUUUCAGAUCUCAGAGAACGUCGUAGAGAAGUGACAGAUCUACCUUUUCGGUGAGGGGGAUCUAGCUUUCCUCCGGGGGCUCCGUGAGCGAUCCUUACUCCUCCUCUUGUGACCUCUGGUGAAAACACAAGCACAAUUUUUUUGGACUAGUUUUACAAAAUUAACAGAAGAAGUUUUAAAAAUGUGUUUUCAGUGCUGCACAUCCAGUCAGUGCAUUGAAACGUGUUAAAAACUUAGAGAUCAACAGCGAAAUGCAGUCAGCAAACACUGGAACAAACUAGGGCUGGGCGAUAUGGCCUGAAAUCAGCAUCACGAUAUAUUGAUCAGUUCACCUCGAUAACAAUAAAUGAUCAAUAACUACUCCACAAGCUGUUCAUCCCCUCUCACAUUAACUUCGUCUACUUUAGCUGCCGCUACAACUUUUGAACCGUCCUCCAUCUCCUCAACUGUCUUUCCCUCUUUUUUACAGACUGGAUGGAGUGGAGUCACGUCUCUGACAUAGGACAGCAUCUUAAACGGACAUGAGACCAUAGCCUACCUACACACAUCCAAAACCAACUUUAAUUUGUACAUUUUUGAAAAACCGAAUAUAUUGAUAUGGGCAAAAUGACGUCGGUUAUUGUCGUAAAUUUCGUAUCGGUAAUUUCUUGGUUUAUCGCCCAGCCUUAGAACAACCUUAAUCACUUCCCUGAUUUGUAAAACAGAAAUUUGAAGAAUUUUAUCAAGGUGGUUCAGGAAAUAUGAGGUUUUCUGAUCUUUUGAGGGUGUUUUGGUUCAAGAGGAAGAAGUAGGAAAUGUAGAUUUUCAGUUUUCAGGACUUUUUAAAUAUUUUACAGCAAGAAAAGUUGGGACUAAAAUGUGAGAAUAAUCAGCAGAUUUGACUUCAAGUGAGUUUAUCGUUUCCUGUUUUACCUUGAGCGGCUUCGACUGUGUCUUCUGUCUCUGGAGCGAGAGCGCCUCUUGUGGCUGCUUCGAGAACUGUGGGAGUCUGUCUUCGUCCAGGACUUCUGUGGUGCUCUGAUCAAAGAGAGUAAAAACCUUCACUGACCAGAUCUCAAACCAGAUCUCACAGAGUAGAGGGUGAACGAAUAAACUUCAGGGUACCUGUGUUUUGAUCGGGACCUUUUCCUGUG